GUGACUCCCCAGUCCCUCUGACCAGAAGAUUAUUUCCCCUUGUUACUAAUCAGAUUCUCAGUUUAACUCAGAUUCACUUUACACUUUUGUUACACCAGAAAGGCAACACAGACACACAUUACCAAAGUAUCAGCUGCAGUUUGCCAUCCCCGACCAUUUUGUCUACCACUUAAAGGGAAGCCUUCUUUAACUUCAGGUUGUGGCCACUAGAGGUCUUUCAGUUUCAUAUGUUAGCUGCUGUUCAGUUUGUACUGCCUUUUUAUUUUUUUUAUUUAUUCCUACGUGAGCAGACCCAGUACACUUCUGGCAUACAAACAGUGAAAAUUACAAUAUAAAGGACCUAUUAUACCUUCUUUUGGAGUGACACUAGUGCUAGUAACAGGCUUGUCUACUUUGUAAGACUAGGAAGACACAUUUUCUGCGGGUAAAGCCAAAGAUUUCAGGCAACAUUUCGUAUUAAUGUGCAUUUGCUGGUUAUUCACACUGGACCACUCUUCAGAUGUCAAAGUACUUACAGAACUUGACCAAAUGACACAGUCCCUUGGAUACAGUUGGCCUCAUACUUACAUGAAUGGAAGUAUCAACCACACAAAAUAAUGUCUCUCAGUGAACCCUGCUGGAUAUUAGUUUUGCCUGGUCAGAAGUGGUUACAUUUUGCUUAACCAUACGGAAAGAUGAGUUGCAUCUGCAACAUUAAAAAAUUUUCUGAAGAAAAAUUCUUUCUAAAGAAAGCAAUUCUGUUUGGUAUUAAUGGAUGUAAUUCCAUCAGUAAAACUAUGCAUCAGAAAUGAAAGUGCCCCAAAAAGUUAUAAAGCCUGUUGUUUAGACAAUAUGCAUGUAAGACAUAUGUAACUGACAUAAAAAAGCUGCAUCACUGAUGGAGAGCUGACUGUCAAGUAAGAGCCAUCAGGAAAGCCAUAGACUCAAGCUGACCUUUACAUUAGUUACUUAUAAGCAUAACUGUCUGCUUUGCUUCACAACACAAGGAUUUCUGGAUUCUCCAGAUACAAAAAAAUCUUUCCUUAAAUUUGAUAUUUAAUAUCUUUUUCUACUGUUUGGAUUGAUCAGCAAUUAAACUUGAAAGAGCAUCCCUAAAGAGAACAUGUCAGCUAAAUGGAUAUACAAUAACAACAAGAAGAACGAAAGGCUUAGUUUCUUCAUUUGUAAGGUAUUCAUUUCCAUCUAAGGAAUACAACCAUAGAACAGAGCUCAAAUGACAAAUGAAAUGGGUCGCAAAGAAACACAUUAUUUGCAGACUUUAAACUGUGAUUUGGUGGCCCAGCAAAACAUGAAGAUGCGUCCAGUGCUGCUGAAGAGAAACAGUCUGGAUUCAGUCGAUUUUAUGAGACAGCCACACCACCGCAGAAGCAAAUCUCAGCAAGUUCGUUUCAAAGAUGAUGGUAUGAACACGAAGACAGAAGGUGUCACUGAACUAGGUACUAAUCCAGCCCAAGAUAUUGCAUUAGUGACCAGAAAUAAAGAAGUAGCUAGGCACCACAAUUUUUUGCUACAGUCUCCAUCUUUUCCCAAGGCUCAGAAAGGGCUUCAAAAUAUUGCCAUACAAACAUCUCCUAGCCUCAGGAAACACUUCCCUGGUUUUAGAAGAAAAAAACUGGCAGUAAGCAAAUCAUUAACAGAAAUGCCAACCGAGGCUGAAAAUUGCAUCCAAGCAAAUGGCAAUCUUUCUGAGCAAGACAUUAUGUCUUCAGACCUCUGUUAUUUAAGAAUAACUAAUCAUUUGGAAGAUGGAUUUAGGAACAGUAAGGUAAAUGGUCAGUUAAGUCAAAGACCAUCAGAAGCACAAAGAAACGGACCUAUCCAUACAGAUGAUUUCUCUGUAACAGAAAAGACAACUGUUUCUACACAGGUGCCUGAAUACAUUCAUGUGAAUUUUCCACAAAACAGCAAUACUUCUACGGAUGCACCAGAUACAACCGUGAAUUUAAGUAAUUCACUACAUUCUUCUACUAUCAUAAAUAGCAAUGAGAACAAUGAAAAAAGCAUGCUGUCAUCUGAUUGUGAAAAAAUAAACCCUUGCCUAAACCAUUCCGCUAAUUACAGUGAAUGUAAUCCUCAUUCUGACUCUUUUGAAGGAGAUAAAAGUGACUCUGAGCUGCUUGUAGUCAGCACAGAUGCAAGCAGUCAGGAAACUACGCCAUUAUCACUUCCAUCAAAUCACAGCAUAUCUCCUUGUUCCCUCAGAGACCAUCAACAAGCAGGAGAGCACAAAACAGGUUCCAGCUGUGUGACACUAACAAAUGAUGAUCACACAGUAAUGUCAUUGACCAGCAGUAAUGCAUCAAAAUCUAUUUCUUCAUGCAAUACUGAAAUUGAGAAAAAUUCUACCCCGUCUGAUGUUUCCCAGUGUAACAGCUGUUUAGAAGGAUUUCACAUAAAGUCUUAUCUGCCAAGGAAUGAAACAGACCCACAAACCAACAAAGAGAUUAGUGAAAUAAAUCAAAUUCAUCUGGCACAUGGUGAACUAUGUGCCCUACAAGGCAGGCUACAGUCUGUAGAAGAAUCCUUGCUGUCGAACCAGGAGAAGAUUAAAGUCCUUCUGAAUGUAAUUCAAGACCUUGAAAAAUCCAGAGCCCUCAGUGAAGGGCGCAACUUUUUUCACACUGGUCAAGACCUCAACAACUGCAGCACCUGUCAGAACACCGCAUGUAUCAUUUACAGCGUAGAAUAUGACUUCAGACAACAAGAAGGAAGAUUUCAUCAGAUUUUGCAAAGACUGGAACAUGAAGAGCAAAAUCCAGCUUCAGCUUCACCUCAAAAACUAUCAUCUGAUCAUCCAGUUCCCGAGAAAAAGGAGUUAAGAAGAAAAACAAAAAAGGUGAAGAAAAAAUGUUUCUGGUGGAUUUGACUUCCUUACAGAUCUUAUAUGGAAAAACUAUUUUUAUUUAUUUAUUUAUUUAUUUUUACAUUUCGAAAAGCACUAGAACAGAAAGAAGUUUGACAGCACACAUCUGAAAACAUAGCUUUAUGAAUUCACAACACUACAGAACGUUUGUUUGAUAAAUAAGAACUGAAUUUACUUAAACCAUCUCGCUGAAUAAAGACGAAUGAAGAGACUAUUUUUUGAAAAGGAAUUGUAAGAUUUUCUUUUUUUUCCCCCAAUGACACUUUCAUAUGCUAUAACAAAGACUUUUUUUUUUUAAAUAAGGUUUAAAUUUCAACUUUAAAAAGACAAUGUUAGUCAAACCUACAGUCUUCAUUUCCUAUUUAUAAGCAACAUGAACUAAAGGGAAAGAACUUUAUGGAUCUUUAAACAAACUGCAUAAUCAAGAGCAAGUCCAGGGGAAUUUACAUUGUUCAAAAAAAAAAAAACAAAUCUUCUCCCCAAAGGGGAUAAUUGUAGUCAUUUCACAUCCUCACUGACAUGUAUUUAUUGUUGUCAUCUAUGAUUUAACAACAACGAAGAAAUUCAGGUUGAAAUGUUAUUCUGUCCUUUUAUCGGUUCAUUUUAAAGAGCAAUCAUUUAGAAGUUUGUCAUUUAAUAGACUUCUCUGGAAAGAAUCUUAAAAAUAUACAUAAAAAAAAAAAAAAAGGAAUACCUUACUAAUUCUAGUCUUAAUUCCCUUCUCAAAGGAGGUCUAAUUAGACGCAUUUAAAUUUCAGGUAUUGUCAAAAGACAGAGAAUUCAAAACAUCCAAGGGCGACCUUUUCCAAAAUUUGACCACCUCCACAAUGAAAAAGUUUUCCCUAACAUCUGAUCAGAAUUUGAAAUGACUUGUAAUUGUUAUGUCUUGCCCUGUCCCAGUACACCUUUACUUCGGCAAGAAUUAGACAGACUAUAAGACCUUUCUCCUAAGGCUUUCACUUCCUGAAGACUGAACAAACCCAAUUUUUACAGCCUGUCUCCAUGUGCCAUACACUGCAGCACUGCAGCCCACAGUCUGGGCACCCUGGUGGUCUCCCUCUGGACCAUGCUCCAGUAUGUUCAUGCUGUACAGCAACACUGACCCGGUGCCACUACACAUUUAAGACCUAUACCACUAUAUCAAAAUAUCUUUUUUUUUUUUUUUUCCCUCAUUAAGAAGAGUAAAUGUGUUCAUACUGGCCUACAAAAUACAAAAUCAGUUAUAAAAAUUAAUAUUUAACAAAAUAAUCUGUACUGCAUAAAUUUUCUUAAAAGUUACUCCAGUUGAUUAGUUCAAAUGGUGCCAUGAUAUUAAAUACAUUAACCCUUAGAUCCUCGUUUUUUAAACAAAAUGUAUUAUUUGUGCAAUAUUAGUUUCACAUAUCUACACUUUUUGCAUACUUCUGUGUUCCACCAGUUCUUAGGGUUAGCUAUACGUCUGAAGACACCUUAAAAACAAUUUUGUACUGAUGUCAGAAAAGACCAGAAAUGACAAAAACUGGUCACCAUUUACAAGUCAGUAGGCUAUGUUGCUGGUCUUAAUUUCCCAAGGUUAUAAAGGGUGACAGUUUUAAAAAACAUGAUACGUACAGUCAGUAUGGAAAUGACAGGUAGAAAAUUAUCAUUACUUCAAAGGCUUUUAAGAAGAAAAGCUGUACAUGAAAUUUUACUAGCAACAAGUAUGCCUUUAGUGAGCCAGGAUAGCUCUUCAAUAACAAUUUGUGAAUAUAAUAGAGAUUAGAAUUAAAUUACAUAAGAGCAUGUCCUUACAUCACACUCAAAUACACAUACUGCUUAUGCUGGCAUUCCAACAGCACUCCUAUUUUGCAUUAGUGUAAUUGAUAUACUGAAGGAUCUAUUAGUGCGCAAAGGUUUCUUGUGUAUUAAAAUAUCAUUUUAAGAUGAAUAUCCUUCUGGGGCAAAGGCAUAAUAAUAAGUAAUACCAGCAGGAGUAAUACUAACAAAAUCAGUACUGUUUUUUUUCUGUAGUGAGCUAAUUUUCAAUAACAUGUUAUUGUAUGAAACAUCUUAUUGUCUUUCUCCUUGUCAAAUAAUAAGCACCAAACAAAGCUCAUUUUAAGCUGCCUGAUUUUGUUUUGGCUUGCAGAAAUAUGAGGCCUUUAAUAAAGGCAUCAAGAAAUCCAAAUUAGUGAAUUUAAACAAACCAUGGUACUUUGGUUUGCUACAUAACAAAAAUCAAUUCUUGUAGUCAGUAAAACUAUAGAAGUAUGAAAAUAUCCUAUUUACUUUGAGAAAGUCUAUCCAAAAAAAAGUUCUAGUAAGGCUCUAAGUCUUUCUUAUGAUCUUAACAAACAUCAAUACUUCUAAAAAACUGAAAUAUACUUAUUUAAAUGGUUACUACUUUUUGUAUUUUAGUGUCUGAUCUUGGAAUUCAGAACUGUACACAAUUGUUAAUCCUUAAUGAAAAGGACGUGAACAGGACUCCUCCAUCAUCUGGCUUGCAGAAGCUCUGACUACCAGGAACAAAAAAAUACAACUUAACCAAAAAUGAAGUAAAAGUAUGCCAGAAGUUACUCAUACAACAGAAUAAGUAUCAAAUUUUCACAAUAAAACCAAACAUACCAAAUAAAUUUUUAUAGCCAGUCUUCUCCAUAGUAUGUUACAAAAACAGGCUUUCUAUUUAAAAUUUUGAAGACAUUGGAGCAAAAGGCUAUUUGUUACAUUAAAAAGUAACAGUAUAAGACAUCAGCCACAGUAUGUAUCAACCACCGUAAGAAGGUAAGAUUGCUUAGUUGGUUUAUGUUUUGUUUAAAUUUAACAUAGAUAUGUUUGUCCUAGCCCCACAAAAUAUGUAAAAAAUUACAUAUUCAUAAGACAUAACUGGAGCAUCUAAACUAUGUGAAAAUGUAAUUUCAAUUUUAAUUUAAAAUAUUUCAAUAAUGAAUUAUUAAUUGAUAUACAUAAUAAAGUUAGAUACACACUACACAACUGUAUGAUGUAAGGAUUAGAAAACCAAUUUAAAUGGACAGAUAAUUAGCAAAUAAUGGUACCAGCUAAAAUAUUUUUUCUGAAUUAUAAAAUUAUAUUGCAAUGCCUGAAACUCCUUAGCUCCCUAAGAAUUAAAUGUUAAAAAACACAUAUGAAUGCUCUUAAAAACAGAACAACAACAACCAAAAAAAACCACCACAGCUACUUGAUAGCUCUUACACAAAAUUCUGUAGGCUUCUCUGAAAAACAUAUAUUUGACAACUACAGUGUGCUAUUUAUAAAAUAUUGUACAGCACAUAGGCUGACUCCAUUAAAAAGGAAUUUCAAAUAAAGUAAUUUCAGAAUAUGCUAACUUUCUUUAAAAGUACAGAAUGUAUGAAAAGAGUAAUGAUUGCUGUCAUGUAUCAGCAGGUCAUACAAGGUUCACUGUAGCUCUUCUGAAAAAGUCACAAUACUUAGCAAUUAUGCUAUCUUAGAUACAGAUUAUCUUCAUAAAGAAAUGUAUAUAAAAUAUAAAUUGUAUACAUUUUUAAGUUAUUUAGAUUUUAUUUUUCAAUAAAAUUAGAUUUUUCUUAAGUUUCAGAAGUUGAUUAACAACAAACAGUAUUUAGAUUACAAUGGAAGUGAAUAAUUAAUUGUUCUUUAGAAAGGAAAAAUAACUGUGAAAUGACUGAAUGGUUCUUUCAUGAGAUCAUUCUGCAGUUUUUAUGGUAGAGAAAGUUUCUCGAUCUAAAAACUGAAUAAAAAAAGUUUUUAGCUAGUCUAUCUGAACACGUUGAAUUUUCCAACCAUGUCAACUCCUCAGAAUGGUUCCUCUAGUCAUUAUUUCCCCAAAUAGUAUAGUUUUCGCAAGAGUGUCCUAUCUAGAGUAGCUCUGGUUAACAGCUACAGGCUUUUCACUUUUUCCUUUUUUUUUUUUUUUGAAGAGAUACUGAUUUUCCCUCAAAAUAUUAGUUGUCCUUUAUGUCCAGAAAGAUAACUUCUAAUCUUGCCUAUCACUGAAAAAUAAUAAUUAAGAAUCUCCACCUGGUGUCUUUACAGCAAAGUCAUGAUUUGUAGAAUAUUUUAUACUGAUACUGUCAAACAACUUUUCUACACAGAAAAGUCGUUCUACACAGAAAAGUUGUUUGACAGUAUCAGUAUAGUAAAGUAGUUUUCUACAUCCUCUUGACCAUGUUAAACUGACAACGUGAACAAAGUCCAGUUUGGGAGUACCUAAGGAGACCUUUAAAAAGUGUACUGUGCAUUUACAGUAUUUUUGGUUACAUAAACAAAAUGGUACAGAAAACAACUAAUUCCCUAUUCUACAUACAACUAUACAUUUUACUUGUAUAAUUACUGAAGUAGAACUUGACUGAAACACUACGUCUUUUAACAGCCUAAACCCUUGUAGAGACUCAGAUCAUGAAGAACUAAUCUCACAACAAUAAUCUUGUCCUUCCUUAUUACAAGUUUAGAAGCACUUCAAGAACAAACACUUGAGAGUUUUGUUUAUUUGUUUGUUUUACUAGUGGAAAUAACCAAGACACUGUUAAGGCCUUUAGUUGCCAAAACAUCACAAUGAAACCUUCAGCGGCAUUUAAGUCUUCUCUGCCAUAGCUACAGAUAGCCAAAUUACUUUGCCAUUCCCACCAACUUCUCCUGAAGAGAUCUUGUACUUCUUAGCCUGACCCUUUCCAGUAAUUACACCAACAAAGCUUGCAGCAUGUUGUUACCAGCUGAGCGCAAGGCAGAGUCUUCCCCUAGGUUCAAAUGGCAUUGUAGCAAGCAAAGAUCAAGGCAAACUCUAAGCCAAAACCCCUUAACUCCCUGUCUGCUAACAACCUAGAAGAUUAUGAAAACCUUAUCCCUGCCAGAAGACAGAACACUCAGGCAAAUUGAAUCCAGUACUCUAAUCAGCUUCAGAGCAUUUAAACUCCCAAAGAAUCUGAGGUCUUGUAAACUGUAACCAUUAUUCUCAAUAUUAGCAAGAUGGUAUUGGCAUUGUUUUUCACACAAUAAGCGCUAUUUUCAAAUUGUGGAAAAUUACACAGCAGAAAAUUAAAACACUUGCAAUAUUCAGAAACACAGCAACAGAUCAAAGAAUCUGGAGCAGCCUUCUGUUCCCUAAGAGCUGUAGUCCAAUUUGAAACAUCACUCUGAUCCAUAAAACAUCAGGUGCAAAUUAAUACUAAAACCAAGAGACUGACUGCAGCUAUUCCACAUCCCACCUUUAUUUGCAGAGCUCAUCAUACUUUUAGCAACUUGAGCUCACCGAAGCAUUCUGCAGAAAGCCUCACUUCCUAACUGUUUCACUUAAGUUUUGCCAUUUCAUGAGCUUUUAAAGCUAAUGUGUAAAAUUAAGAGACUGAACUAGAAGUACUACACAGAAUAUGACAUAAGCUUGUUUUGCUCAUUUUUGUUUAUGAAUGUAGAAGAAUAAUUUGUUCAUUACAAUUUCUUCAUAUGUAAAACGCUGUCCUGCUGAGAAGUCUUGCCUCAGCUCCAGAAAACUACUUGUAAAUUUUGCUUCAAAAAAUCUCUAAAAUGCCCAAUACACACAUACACACAGAUGAUGAGGAUUAUUAACAUUCAGACAUCCAAAUUUCAAAAGUCACGAUUGAUUUGAUCUUUUUAAAUAAAAUAUAUGAACAAAUCACAGGAGAAAAAACAACAACAAAAAAACAGAUUUAAUCUGACUGCAAGCAGCUUGUUUCCUACUGUUUCAUGACAAUUAAGAUACUUAUUAUGGGAUUAUGAGAAGUUUCAUUUUGCUUCCUCAUUUACUAUUCACAGUAUCCAGAAAUACUCCUUAGUAGAUUGUUUAUAUCAUCCAUAUAACUCUUAUGACACUUUCUUUGUAAGUCCAGAAAGCGUUUUCAAACACUGUAGAUAACUGACAAGCUCAUUGCGCCUUCAUUCAAAACCUCUUCCAGUUAUGACCACACAUACUUACUAGAGAAUUGCACACACACCACACCAGAAGUCUGAUGCACAGGUAAUAAUAUUUCUGAAAUUUUCAGAUCUACUACUAGAAUAUUUCAAGCAACCACUGGCAAGACCAUUCAAACCAUUCAAAUUCUCCUCUGAAGAAUGAGGUUAUUAGGAGGCUGAUUAUUUGGAGACAACCAUGCUCUAACUGGAUCAAAAACUUAUUUUAAUUUUCCAGAACAAGGCAAUACAGUGCCCUUCCAAAGACAUGCAAUGUCCUUCUUGUGGUUGAAACAAUCAAAUAAACGUUGCUCAUGAUUUUACAGAAUAAUGUAGUUCUCUAAGACUAAAAAAUAAUACACAUUUUCUCUUAAGUGCAUAGUCGGAAGGACAAGUUCCAUAGUUCCUUCUGAACACAAAUGACUUGCAUUCUCAGAAAGAGUCCCAGUCAAGAGAAGAGUUUGUGAGAUAGCAUACUUAAAUCUGAAUAAAUUGCAGAAUCUGUCCUUGAAUUCAACUUUUAAGCCACAGCAUAACCACAAAAAUUUUGGGCACGUGCUCGUUUCAAACAUAUGCCCGGAUAUUUCCCCUGUGCGCAUAAGACAUCAACUUCCUCCUACAGAAACAGCCAAGAAUGGCAAUUGUUCCACAAGCAACUCAAGCUCACCAAAAAAGUAAACGCUGUGGAAAAACUAGAAGAAACAGAGCAACCAAUUAGAUUAUUUACAUAAGACAGCAAUUAACUUUAGAUGUAGGGGAUUUUGUUUGCUUGCAUUUUGUUUUUAUUAGUCGUUGUUUUAUAAAGCACAGAUCUCACUUGCUGUGUUCAACUAAACAUUGAAAAACACUAUGGCAGCACAGCUGAAUGAAAAAAAAAGAGUAAAGCUCUUAAUUUUAAAUCUAUAAAUGUGCACAAGCAAGGUCUCUGAAAAUAUUGUAUUUGCGUUUUUACAGGAUAACGAUGAAAUGAGUUUCAAAGCACUAAAAAUACUUUAAAAUAUUACUCACAAUUAAAGGAUCAUCUCGUCUCAUUGUAAUAACAGUUCUGUUCACUGUGCGUAAUAACUGUACCAUUAUUUCUUGAAUAUGGUGAUAAGUUGAUGCCUGUAAAUGAAAAAAAUGUAUAUUUUGUAUUAAAUCUAUACCUCUUGUAAAAGA